AUGUGGCUGAACCCGGAGGAAGUUUUGGUGAAAAAUGCUCUGAAACUUUGGAUUACGGAGAAAAGCAACGCGUACUUUCUGCUGCAGAGACGGAGAGGACAUGGCGAGUCCACGGCCAGGAUCACAGGCCUCUUGGUCGGAGCCUUGGACACGGUGUUGGACUCAAACGCCCGCGUGGCUCCGUUCAGGAUCCUGCUGCAGAUUCCCGGCGCUCAGAUCAGCUGGGUCAUAGCGAGCGGGGCGGUGGUGGAGGAGGUGAACAGACACUGGGACUGGCUCUCCAGGAACCUGCUCCACUCUCUCUCUGUGUUUGAGAAUAAGGACGACCUCGCCAGCUUCGUCAAAGGAAAAGUCAAGGGCCUCAUAGCGGAGGAGGUCCGCGGUCGGCAGGCGGCGCUGGAGGACGACCCCGGGCGCUUCAGGGACGCUCUGCUGAAGUUCGAGCGUCACUUCAGUCUCCCGUCCUCAGAGAAACUGGUGACGUACUUCUCCUGCUGCUGCUGGAAGGGUCGAGUCCCGAGGCAGGGCUUCCUCUUCCUCAGCACCAACCAUGUCUCCUUCUACUCCUUUCUGCUCGGGAAGGAAGUGAAGUUUGUGAUCCCGUGGGCGGAGGUGGUGCGUCUGGAGCGCGUCUCCUCGGGCCUGAUGCACGACGCCGUGCGGCUCGUGACACGGCAGAAGCUCCGGGAGUUUUCCAUGUUCCUGAACCGCGACGAGGCGUUCGGAGUCAUCGCCCAGAUGUGCGACAUCGCCCUCCGCAGGCUCCUGGACAGUGAGGGGCUGGAGCUGGACAGACAGCUUCUGCAGCCACGGCUCAUCACCAAGAGGGUGCUGGAGGAGCAGGCUCUCCGACAGUACGUCCUGGCCCUGUUCCGCCUCCCUCGCUCGGAGCGCCUCCUGGAGGUGGCCUCGUGCUCCGUGUGGACGCCUCACGCUCGCGCUCACACGGUCGGGACGCUCUACUCCACCGACAACUACCUGUGCUUCAGCAGCCGCGAGGAGGGCAUCUGCACACUCAUACUGCCCCUGCAGGAGGUGUUGUCUGUGGAGAAGGCGGAGAGCACCAGCGUCCUCCCCAACCCCGUGAUCGUGAGCGUGAGGAGUAAGAAGGCCUUUCAGUUCAUCGAGCUGCAGGAGCGAGACGAGCUGGUGGAAAACCUGAGCCUGAGACUGAGGGCGCUGCAGUGGAAGGUGUCUGUGUUCAGGGACAAAGGCCGCGGCAAGAGGAGUCUGAGCGCUCCGACUCCGUACUACACGUUCUACUACGACAGCAGCGUUUCUGACGAGGAGGAGAUGGAGGAGCAGGUCCUGAGGAACACGGUGAACAGUGAGGCGCUGAUGACGGCCUUUCACCAACACCAACCGGAAACCAACGGCAACCAGAGCCUGGAGAAGCUGAAGCAGCGUCUGUGGGAAGACCACUUCUCAGAGUUCGGUCGCGGCGUUCACAUGUUCAGGACGGAGAAGGUCCAGAAGCUGGUGGCCAUGGGCGUCCCAGAGAGUCUGCGAGGGGAGCUCUGGAUGACCCUGUCCGACGCCUGCUCGGAGCUGGAGUCUCACGAAGGCUACUACUCGUCUCUGGUGCAGAAGUCUAUGGGACAGAACACGUUGGCCACAGACGAGAUCGAGCGAGACCUCCACCGCUCGCUGCCGGACCACCCCGCCUUCCAGAACCCCACAGGGAUCGCAGCCCUGAGGAGGGUCCUGACCGCCUACGCCCACCGCAACCCCAAGAUCGGAUACUGCCAGUCCAUGAACAUCCUGGCCUCGGUGCUGCUGCUGUACGCCCGAGAGGAGGAGGCCUUCUGGCUGCUGGUGUGUGUCUGCGAGAGGAUGCUGCCCGACUACUUCAACCGCAGAGUCAUCGGAGCUCAGGUUGACCAGUCUGUCUUCGAGGAGUUGAUUCGAGAGCGGUUGCCGGAGUUGGCGGAUCACUUCCCAGACCUGUCCUCUCUGUCCUCGGUGUCUCUGUCCUGGUUCCUCACGCUGUUCCUGAGCGUGUUGCCGUUCAACUGUGCGGUCCGUGUGGUGGACUGCUUCUUCUACAGCGGGAUCAGAGCCAUCUUCCAGUUGGGGCUCGCCGUUCUGGAGGCCAACACCGCCCAGCUCUGCCCCUGCACCGACGACGGACAGGCUCUCAUGAUACUCACUGGUUUCCUGGAGCAGGUGGGCACAGAGGAGUCCCCCUCGGCUCCUCUUCCUCCUCCUCUUCCUCCUUUUGCUGAAGACGAAAGUGAAGUUCUGACUGUGAAAAGCACCAACAUCACGGAGCUCAUCAACGAGGCCUCGGAGAAGUUUGGGGACCUGAGCGUGAAGCAGAUCGAGAGACUGAGGUGUCGACACCGGAUCCAAGUUCUGCAGGCGCACGAAGACACCACCAAAGAGAACGCGAUGAGGGUGGUGUCUGCAGAAGUGUCCAUGUCUCAGCAGAACCUGUCCGCUGCCUACGACCUGUUCAAGACGGAGCACCUGGUGAGCCUGUACUGGGGCGACAGCAGCUCGGUGGCGGCGGCGGAGGCGUCGUCAUGGAGACAGACGGAGGCGGGGCGGUCCUUCACAGAGCGACAGUACCGUCUGGACCGGGCUCAGUUCAAAAGCCUCUACUGCCUCCUGCUGCCCUGGCCCCUGCACUGCGAGCAACACACCGACACGCUGGGGAAUCGCACCUUCACCCUGCUGCACACCGACGGCCUGGUGGGCUUCAGGGAGUUCGCCGCGUGGUUAGACACUUUGUACUGUGGAGAACUGAGCGAGAAAAUCAGACUCCUGUAUCGACUGCACAUCCCUCCAGCUCUGACAGAGACUGAGGACGAUCCGUUGCUGCUGAAGAACCCUCUGCUGUCGUCCAACAGACCUCUGUACGUGUCCCGCCCCCAAGAGGAGUCUGGGGAGAAGUCGUACCAGGAGCAGCUGAAGCAGAUGCUCAAAGAUUUGGGAAAAGAGAAAGAAAAGGAGUCUGAGAAACCUCUGCCACCGAUGAACCAGAGAGAGUUCAUCCAGUUCUGUAAGACUCUUUACGGUCUGUUCCACGGAGACCACGACGAGAACGAUCUCUUCCAGGCCAUCGCCACGGUGACCAGCCUGGUCCUGCAGAUCGGCGAGGCGGGGAACCAGACCAGCCCGAGCGGCGACCCCCCGGAGAGCGACUGGACCGUUAGCUUUGCGCAGAUAUUAGCAUCGCUGCUAACGGAACAAGCGCUGGUCAACUUCUUUGAGAAACCCGCCGAGCUAACGGCUAAGCUAACGUCUGCCAAAGAGAAGCAGUAUCAUCAGAGAGCGGCGCUACUGUCACUGCAGCAGAAAUGUUUGAUCCAAGGUCACACAGGAGUCAAUCUCUCCCUGCACACUAUGAGACGACUGCGGAUACACACUCUUGUUCUCGUUGGGUGUUUGCUGCUCUUCCUGUUGGUGUCGCUGCGGUCCCAGACCAAGGAGACCGUAGACUCAGGUCUGACCCAGGACUGGCCCCAGUGUGAGCCGGCCUGGUCUGAGGCCCGGGCCCCAGGCUUCGGGGCCCUGGCUCCUCACAUCCAGGACUUCCUCCUGUACCAUCACUGUCGACACUUCCCUCUGGUCCUGGACGUUCCCGAAAAGUGCCAGGGCUCCGUGUUCCUGCUGCUGGUCGUCAAGAGCGCCCCCGGAAACUACGACCAGAGAGAGGUUCUGCGCAAAACAUGGGCUCAAGAACGACAGGUCAACGGCCUGUGGAUCCGGCGGGUCUUUGUCUCCGGGACAACGGGAACCGGGGUCGACCGGGAGAGACUGGACCAGCUCCUGAGACACGAGCAGAGCGAGAACCGAGACAUCCUGCAGUGGGACUUCCAGGAAUCGUUCUUCAACCUGACCCUGAAGCAGGUCCUGUUCCUGGAAUGGAUGAAGCAGAGAUGUCCCGACGCUCAAUUCCUGCUCAACGGCGAUGACGACGUCUUCGCCAACACGGACGCCAUGGUCCAGUACCUCCAGGACCUGCCCCGGGACCAGCACCUGUACACCGGCUUUGUUUUUGACCACAACGAACCAAUCCGAGACCAGACCAGCAAAUACUACGUCCCAGAACAGAUCCAAGCGUCUAACAUCUACCCCCCGUACUGCGGCGGCGGCGGGUUCCUCCUGUCGGCCCGAACGGCGAUGAAGAUCUAUAACGUUUCCAAACAUGUGCCGGUGCAUCCCAUCGAUGACGUCUACAUCGGACUGUGUGCGGAGAGGGCCGGGCUGCGGCCUACGCCUCACGUCGGAGUGAGGACGGCGGGACUGCAGAUCUCGGACUGGGCCAAACUGGACGAGCAGGACCCCUGCUUCGUCAGAGAGUUCCUCCUGGUGCACCGGUUUCUGCCGUCGCAGAUCUACCUGAUGUGGAAGCAGCUGCAGCAGCAGAGCCUGAAGUGUCGGCCGCUCUUCUGGGGCUGA